UUAUUUAAUUUCCCUACACACCGGAUUGCUAGGUCAUGAAAUAACAACUAGAUUUGUUUCUUUCACUCCAUAUAUAAAGGAAAGGACUUGUUCUUUCUUCUUCACAAACCGAAAAACCAAAACAUAAGAUGGAUUGGGUACGAGGAGAAUCACUUGGUAGAGGAAGUUUUGCAACUGUUCAUUUACUCAUACCCAAAGUUAACUCAAAUUCUACUCUAUUUUCUUCUCCGACAGCCGUCAAAACAUCCGAGGUUUCAACCUCGUAUUCCCUCAAAAACGAGAGACAGGUUCUCGAUCGUUUAGGUUCUUGUCAACAAAUCAUUCGCUGUUUCGGAGAUGAUUACACCUUUGAGAAUGGUCACGAGUAUUACAAUCUGUUUCUCGAAUACGCUUCUGCCGGUACUCUCGCCGAUCAAGUUAAAUUCCACGGUGGCCGGAUUCCUGAACAAAACAUCCGCGGUUACACGAAGUCAAUCGUGGAGGGUCUUAACCAUAUUCAUAGCAAAGGAUUCGUUCAUUGUGACAUCAAGCUUCAAAACAUUCUAGUAUUCCACGAUGGUGAAAUUAAAGUAGCUGAUUUCGGUCUUGCGAAAAAAUCAGGGGAGGAACAGAGUAGGUUCGAAUGCAGGGGGACUCCACUUUUUAUGUCGCCGGAAUCAGUUAACAGCGGGGAGUAUGAGUCGCCGGCGGAUAUUUGGUCGCUUGGCUGUGCGGUGGUGGAGAUGGUAACAGGAAAACCGGCGUGGAAAUUGGAGAAAGAUUCAUCUAUGUGGUCGUUGUUGCUUAAAAUUGGUGCCGGAGAAGAAUCGCCGAUGAUACCCGAAGAUUUAUCAAAAGAAGGAAAAGAUUUUGUUGAGAAAUGUUUUGUUAAAGAUCCAAGAAAAAGAUGGACGGCUGAGAUGCUUUUGAGUCAUCCUUUUAUCGAAGAAGUGAAGAAUGCUAAUGAACCAUCACCAAGAAAUCAUUUUGAUUUCAAUGAUUGGGUUUCGAGUGUUAGUCAUUCAGCUCCAAGCACGCCGGAAUCUGAAGAGUCGCGUCAAUGGAAUUUUGAUUCUUGUUCUUUUUCGCGUGUAGAUCGACUCCAGCAGCUUGUGACGGUUGAAGUGCCAGCGUGUUGGUCGGAAUCAGAUAGUUGGAUUAGUGUUAGGUGAAAUUGGAUGAUUUUUUUGACAGAGAUGAAAGAAAGUAAUUAGAGGAGUAGAAGACGGAAAUUAGUAGUUAAUUUGAUUCUGAUUAGAUUUAUUUGAUUAUUCAAAUUGGAAUGUAAAUUGGGUAGAGGAUUAGAUUCUUGAUUUCUGUGGAAGAGUUUUAACAGGCGACGGUUUUUGUCCCUUUUGUACAGAGGCUUGAUUUUUACAGCACCAUAAUAUAUUUUUUGCCUUUUCUUACUA